AUGUGUGAGUACAUCUCCAUCCAUGUUGGCCAGGCUGGUGUCCAGAUCGGCAAUGCCUGCUGGGAGCUUUACUGCCUGGAACAAGGCAUCCAGCCCGAUGGCCAGAUGCCAAGUGACAAGACCAUUGGUGUGGAAGAUGACUCCUUCAACACCUUCUUCAGUGAGACAGGCGCUGGCAAGCAUGUGCCCAGGGCAGUGUUUGUAGACCUGGAACCCACAGUCAUUGAUGAAGUUCGCACUGGUACCUACCGCCAGCUCUUCCACCCACAGGCAAGGAAGAUGCUGCCAAUAACUAUGCCCGUGGACACUACACCAUUGGCAAGGAGAACAUUGACCUCGUCCUUGACCGAAUUCGGAAACUGGCUGACCAGUGCCCAGGCCUUCAGGGCUUCUUGGUUUUCCACAGCUUUGGUGGGGGAACUGGUUCUGGGUUCACCUCCCAGCUGA